AUGAUGCAAAUGAAGAGCUAUUUGCAAAAAGGUCCUUAUCAACCAAGAGAACAUAAUUUUCCACAAACAUAUUUUGGAACUUCUCUCCGUAGAUUUAAUGCUGAUUGGCUUGAUGAAUUUGGCAAUUGGUUGGAAUAUAGUAUUUCAAAAGAUGUUGUCUUUUGUCUCUGUUGUUAUCUUAUGAAACCUGAUGGUGCGAGUGGUGAUGCUUUUAUAAAAGAGGGCUUUUCAAAUUGGAAAAAGAAGGAGCGAUUACAAACACAUGUUGAAAAUCAUGAUAGUGCUCAUAAUCAAGCUCGAAGAAAAUGCGAAGCACUCAUGAAGCAAAAGCAAGAUAUUGAAGGUUAUGAUGGAGCUACUAAUAUGCAGGGAGAAUUUAAUAGCUUAAAAAGUUUGAUCUUGAAAGAAAAUGCUUGUGCUUUUUAUGUUCAUUGUUUUGCUCACCAACUUCAAUUAGCACUUGUGGUUGUUGCAAAGAAACAGGUCAAAAUUGCACUACUUUUUAAUUUGCUUGCUAGUUUGUGCAAUAUUGUUGGAGCUUCUUGUAAACGUAAAGACAUGCUUCGUGAAAGUCAAAUGCAAAAGACAAUUGUUGCAUUACAAAAUGGAGAUGUUUCUAGUGGGCAUGGCUUAAAUCAAGAAACAACAUUGAAAAGGACAGGUGAUACUCGAUGGAGCUCACAUUAUGGUACAAUACUUAGCUUGAUUUCUAUUUUUUCUUCCGUGGUAGAAGUUCUUGAAGUCAUUGAGGAAGAUGGAAAUAAUCUUGAACAAAGAGCUGAAGCAUUUACUAAUGAGUUGUCUCAAGCUCUACGAAGAAGUGAUCAAGACAUUAUAAAUGCUAUGACAUUGGUUAAAGUGUCCAAGCAACGAUUGCAAAGUAUAAGAGAUGAUGGUUGGUCCUCUUUGCUCAAUGAAGUUUCACUAUUUUGUGAUAGUCGUAAUACUCUUGCUCCAAAUAUGAAUGAUAUAUUUGUAACACAAGGAAGAUCAAGGCGCAAAAUUCAAAAGGUCUCAAACUUGCAUCAUUUUCAAGUUGAAUUAUUUUAUCAAGUGAUUGAUAGACAACUUCAAGAGCUUAACAAUUGUUUUACAGAGGUAAAUACCGAGCUACUUCUUUGUAUAGCUUGUUUGAAUCCAAGUGACUCGUUUUUUGCAUUUGAUAAGGAGAAGUUGCUUCGUUUAGCUGAAUUUUAUCCACAUGAAUUCUCUUCUACUCAACUUUUGGCACUUGAUAGUCAACUUGAGAAUUUUAUAUUGGAUAUGUGUCUUGAUGAUCAAUUCUCAAAUAUAAAUGAAAUCAGUGGAUUAUCUCAAAAGUUAGUUGAGACAAAAAAGUAUAUUAUUUAUUCAUUGGUAUUUCUUCUGUUGAAAUUAGCUUUGAUUCUACCUGUGGCAACGGCAUCAGUUGAGAGAACAUUUUCUGCUAUGAAUAUCAUAAAGAGUCGACUUCGUAAUCGAAUGGGAGAUGAGUGGUUAAAUGAUUGUUUGGUUACAUAUAUAGAAAGAGAUACAUUCAAUCAAAUUGAUAAUGAAACAAUUAUUCAACAUUUUCAAAAUAUGAAAACAAGAAGAGAAGAAUCUUCAAGAUUUGAAGCGAAGAAAGUUAGCAACUAA